CAAAAAUGCCCCGGGGCGAGCAGUGCGGACCUAGUCAGGGCAGCGGAGGGUGUUUUUGGAAGGAAGGCAGAAGCGCUAGAGCUCCGAAAAGAAUAAUACAAUCUGUAUACAAGGGAGGGGGGGUAAAAAAAUAUGUCGGCGUUUUGAGGGCAGAGGAGGAUUGUGGAAAAGCAAAGGGCGAGAGCUAGAAACGAGGCCCGACAAUCGUAACGUUAGCGCGGAGGGGAGGGGAAGGAGAGGGCAGCUGUCCCCGCUUGAUUGAUUGACUUGUGUGGGAAGGGUUUGACGAUCAACGAGACCAGCCUGUUGUGCAGCAAAUGCUUCUUAAUAUCAUUGCAGUCGAAUUAGUGUGUAUUGCUUUCAAGAAAUGCAUUUUCAUUUGAAAUGUUAAAUGAGCAAUGCUAACGCUCUUUGAGACAACAUCCUUCGUAUCCAUCCGCAGCGGGGUCUUUUUUUGUACCUGCCUAGCUAGGUUAGCUUAUUUUCUUGGCAGUGAUCCCCCUUGCUAAAUAUGGCGCGUCACAUUUGGCCUCACCGUACAGUAUACGAAACACGAAUAAGUGAACAGUACCUGACUAACGUUAGCUGUGUCUCGGACAGACGGUCCACUUUUAGGUUAACCUUUAUUGUGCUCGUGAGCUAACGCCAAUGUGGCGUUAACGGUACAUGCUAGCCAACAAAUACUGUGGAAAAACGAGGCUUAUUCCCGCCGAGCUGCUUAGUCUGCGAAUAACACGAACGUUAUAGUACAUUGGGGUUAAGGUGUUAACCCAAGGGCUUUAUUACACUUGUAUCUCUCCUUGCCGCCACAAAGGGUGGGGAGCUAACACAGGGCUAACAGCUAAGCCCGUCGUGGUGUGUGUUUAACAGCAGUUGCAGGGUGGCCUUAUAACUGCUAACUAUUAUCAUAACAGUGCACCUAGGGUAUAUAGCUCAACCCUCGCUGUUUUCUGAUAUUGGUGUAAACAGAAAUGCUUAUUAAUGUUGAAGCGAUAUAUUGAAAUAAAUCAGUAAACGUUAUCCACUCAUAUUUAACCUCCCCUCCAUAGCGUAUUUUCUGUGUGCCCCCAUAUUCUCUUGUUAUGGCCCAACGCGUGUGCAAACAUCAAAACCACAUAGUUUAUGGUUGGCCACCUGUCCCUCUCUAUAAUGCCCAGGUGUUUGCAGCAUCUGCAGUGAAGUGAUGGCAGCCCAGUCGGUUUCCAUAGACAAGUACCCAAAGGGAGAGCAGCAGAUGCAAGGUGUAGUAAAGGUAGACGGAGAUUCCGAGCAGAAGUAUCUUGAGGGGACGUUGGCAGAGGUGCCCAGCCCAGCCCCCACAGAGCCACAGACACCCAUGGACGUGGACAAAGCCUCCAUAUAUCGGCACCCCCUGUUCCCUCUCUUGGCCCUGCUGUUUGAGAAGUGUGAACAGUCCACGCUCAGCUCUGAUUGCAUCACCUCGGCCAGCUUCGACGUGGACAUUGAGAACUUUGUCCGCAAUCAAGAGAAAGAGGGCAAGCCCUUCUUCAGCGAGGACCCUGAACUCGACAACUUGAUGGUGAAAGCCAUCCAGGUGCUGCGCAUCCACCUGCUGGAGCUGGAGAAGGUGAGUGACCUGUGUAAGGACUUCUGCAGCCGCUACAUUGCCUGCCUCAAGACUAAGAUGAACAGCGAGACCCUGCUGAGUGGAGACCCGGGGAGCCCCUACUCCCCCGUGCAGGGCCAGGUCCAGGGUUUCUCCCCUAUCAAGACUCCGGUAUGGACUACCCCCAGCUCUAUCUCAGGGACCAUCAGUCCUCAGGGUCAGAUCGUGGUGCCAGCAUCAGCCCUGCAGCAAGGGAACGUUACCGUGACAGCCGUCAACCCCACCCAGGUGGUCGCAGGUAUGUCACCAUGGCAUACAACAACUCCGCCCUCAGGUGGGACGGUGUACCAGCCUGUUACAGUCGUCACUCCUCAGGGUCAGGUGGUAACGCAGGCUCUUUCUCCCGGGACAAUACGCGUCCAAAACAAUCAGCUCCAGCUGCAGUUUCACCAGGACCUGAACCUCUUUAAUCACGACGACAACUCAUCUAAGAACAAACGUGGCGUUCUACCUAAACUGGCCACCAAUGUGAUGCGCUCGUGGCUCUUCCAGCACAUCGGGCACCCAUACCCAACAGAGGAUGAGAAGAAACAGAUUGCCAUUCAGACAAACCUGACACUUCUGCAGGUCAACAACUGGUUCAUAAAUGCCAGGAGGCGGAUCCUGCAGCCCAUGUUGGAUGCCAGCUCCUCUGAGACACCAAAAGCCAAGAAAAAGACGCCUCAGAACCGGCCGCUGCAGCGCUUCUGGCCCGACUCCAUCGCCACAGGAGGGGGGGGCCAGCAGCAAGUCACCAUGCCUGAUGGGACAAUGGUGACGAUGAACAUGGAGAGUCUGCAGAGCCUGACGUCAGACGGGGCCACUCUGGCAAUACAGCAGGUGAUGCUGGGGGGCCACAGCGAGGACGAGUCGGGGGACAGUGGAGACGAAGACGAUGACGUGGACAUGGCCGGGCUAGGCCUGGACAACAGCGACUCGUUGCAGUAGAGGACACACACCUCACACUCUGAACUACACACAAGACAUGUGUCAAUAGUUCUCUUAAAAUCCUAGUACAGACACACAUUAGGUUUACAUCCAGCACAAAGUACAGGACGUCCCGCUCCUGCACUCCGACCCCCCCACCCUGCUGAACAGCAGUUUAUGCUGAGUACGUACAUCAGGAGUUUCCUUUCAGAAACCCUUUUUUCAUUAUUUAGUUGAUGUAUGCGAGUGCACUUUUUGUAUAUUUAAGCUCAAAAAGAUGAAAUCAAACAGAAGAAAAAGUUAGUGUUUAACACUUGAAGCAAGUUUGUAUGUUCCGUUGAUAAAUGUGAUCUAUGAUUUGUUUCUCGGCCCCUGCUCCCCGUCCCCAGUUGAAUUCUCAUUUUGGAUGCCAACAAUUUUCAAGUUGUAUCUGUAAGGGUUUGUCUUCACUUUUUGCAUGCUUGUGUUUGAGUAGAUGUGCGCAUUUUUGCGACGGACUCCGCGGCUCUCACUCGGGCCCCUGCGGACCGAGCUCUCACUCGAGCCCCUGCGGGCCGAGCAGAGCUCUCACUCGGGCCCCUGCGGGCCGAGCAGAGCUCUCACUCGGGCCCCUGCGGGCCGAGCAGAGCUCUCACUCGGGCCCCUGCGGGCCGAGCAGAGCUCUCACUCGGGCCCCUGCGGGCCGAGCAGAGCUCUCACUCGGGCCCCUGCGGGCCGAGCAGAGCUCUCACUCGGGCCCCUGCGGGCCGAGCAGAGCUCUCACUCGGGCCCCUGCGGGCCGAGCAGAGCUCUCACUCGGGCCCCUGCGGGCCGAGCAGAGCCUAGUGGAGAGAUUAAAAAAAAAAAAGGAGAGAUGCUUAUUUUUAUAUACAAACGUAUGAAAUUCGUGUUUUUGUUUCAUUUUUGUGUUCUCCUGUUUUGUAAGGAAUAUUUAUGUACAGAUUCAUAAUUAAAGUUAGCGACCCUGUUUUCCAGGGUUCUUUGAAGUUUUCUAAAAAAAAAACAAAGGAAUUGAAUCCUGAUGAAAAUGACUAUUUAAAUUGGUUUUAAACUUACAAUACUAACAUGGCCUUACCUGUGUUCUUUUUUUAAAGAAUGAUUGCCAAGAAGCACAAAAACAAAGUCUGACCCUUGGUGAAAUUGGUCAAAAGGACACUAAACUGCAGUCCAUGUGUGUGGUUCUGUAAAGCAUUGUUAAUAAUGUUACUUUGCGUACUGCAACAUCCAUGUUAUGUGAAGUAAUCUUUCACAGUAACUUGACUGCAGUGCUCAGAUUUCGUGCAUACACGUUUACCCUCAUUGUGUAUAACAUACGUUAUGUCUUUUAAUCAUUUGACAGUAGUAGCAAACUUUCUAAAAUGCACAAUCCAGAACACUAUGCUAACCACACAAUCACAAGUAACCACAGUGAGGUCUGAGCUCCAUCGACAAGAAGCAGUGGACUUUUUGCACGUGUUAAACUUUUAUUUAUGUACACGUAGAUGCUGUGCUGAAAACAGAGCAGGUGUUAAGUUGAGCGCCGGCCUGAGGGAUGCUGUGGCCCCCUGCCACUACAAUCAAAUGUAGUGAGAGACUCCACAUCUCUAUCAAUAUGUUAUUACUUCACAAAUAGGGUGCCUCUUGUUUGAAAAUCUGUAACAUUGUACUGUACAACAAUUGUCUGUCAACAGCUGCAGUAUCUGGUUCAUUUCCUCUUGUAAAGUUGAGGCCUGGAAUGGUUAUUUGGUGCAGCUGAGGGUGGGGGGGACACUGGGUGGGCUCUCGUCGAGCUCUCGGUUCCUCACUUGCUUUUUAUGAAGCGUUGUUCACUUUUCUCUUGUCUGUUUUGCCUUAGAGCUUUCUAUUUUGGAAUAAACGAUGCCUAACUCUC